GAAAUUUUUGUUAUUUUGGUCAAUAAUGAUGAGAUGCAAAUUUAUCCUUAUUCAGAGUUAUCUUGCUUUGCAACCCUACGCAUGAAAUCUUUCUCUUGAACUCUUCUCGAUCCAUCUACUGUUUUAUAUAUCGUCUUCAUCCCGUCCCUGCAAUCUCUUCUCGUCUGGGAGAAAGCAUUGUUUUUGAUAGUCAAUAUGUAUCGGUAUUUGAUGGAAUUGUAUGAAGGUAAUAUGUCUGGUGGCUUGAAAUUGGAGAGUGCUAUAAUUCCUCUGUUGAAAAUUCUCUCCCUCACGGUUAUGGGAUUGGUUCUUGCGCACCCCAAAACCCAAAUCAUCCCAAAAGCUACUUUUAAGCUCCUAAGCAAGCUUGUUUUUGCACUCUUCUUGCCCUGCAUAAUCUUUACCGAACUGGGUGAAAGCAUUUCACUUGAUAGCAUUCCUCAAUGGUGGUUUAUUCCUGUGAAUGUGUUACUCAGUACUCUCAUUGGUUGCUUGCUUGGAUGCUUGGUGGUCAUGAUAUGCCGCCCACCUCCUGAGCUCAAUAGAUUCACCAUUGUCAUGACUGGAUUUGGCAAUACUGGAAAUCUCCCUCUUGCUAUAGUUGGAUCUGUUUGUCAUACAUCAAAGACCCCAUUUGGACCGAAUUGCCAUUCAAAAGGUGUAGCCUAUGUCUCUUUUGCACAAUGGGUUGCUGUAAUUCUUGUGUAUACCCUUGUUUAUCACAUGAUGGAACCUCCAUUAGAAUUUUAUGAGGUUGUUGGAGAAGGUACUGAAAUUGAGGAACAGAGUCCAGCUAAUGAUAUCAGUAGACCUCUUCUUAUGGAAGCUGAAUGGCCUGGUAUUGAGGACAAAGAGACUGAACAUUGUAAGACACCAUUCAUUGCUAAGGUUUUUAACAACAUUUCUAGCCAUUCGCAGAUCAGUUCUGCAGAACUUGAAAUCUCAGGAGAAGCUAGUGGAAAUAGUCCCAGGUCCAUUAGAUGCUUGGCUGAGCCCAGAGUGGUCAGGAAGAUCAGAAUUGUUGCUGAACAAACACCAAUAAAGCACAUACUUCAACCCCCCACUAUUGCAUCUCUUUUAGCCAUCUCUGUUGGUCUGGUGCCUCAAUUAAAAGCUUUUCUUUUUGGAUAUGAUGCUCCACUGUCUUUUGUCACAGAUAGUUUAGAAAUCUUAGCUGGGGCAACGGUGCCUUCUGUGAUGCUCAUCCUUGGGGGUAUGCUUGCUGAGGGGCCUAAUGAUUCAAAACUUGGCCUUCGAACUACCAUUGGUAUAAUUGUGGCAAGGCUCUUGGUGCUUCCUUUGAUUGGCAUGGGGAUUGUGGCAUUAGCUAGCAAUCUUAAGUUCCUUGUCCAUGGAGAUGCAAUGUAUAGUUUUGUGCUCUUAUUGCAGUACACUACACCAAGUGCCAUUUUAUUGGGAGCAAUUGCAAGGUUGCGGGGUUAUGCAGUUAGUGAAGCUUCAGCUCUUCUCUUCUGGCAGCAUGUGCUUGCCCUAUUUACCAUGUCUUUUUACAUUGUUAUCUAUUUUAAGUUGCUUCCCCACAUGUUACAUUGAGGCCUUUGCCCAAUAGCUCACGCCGCGCCCCACCCCCCCCCCCCCCCCCCCAAAAAAAAAUCACCUGUAUUCUUACUCAGUGGUUAGCAUUAAGUGCCACCAGAUUGCAGCUGUGCAGUGUCCAUGUAAGCCUUAAAUAAGAUUUUCUCCUGUUUGCUUUAGUGGACUCAAACUAUGCAGUGAAUGCAGCUUCUCUUAUGUAAGUUCCCUUUGUAGAUCAAUUAAAUUAAAUAGUUCUAUUAUGCUUUGCAGGAAAAGAGCUAGCGACUUAUAUUGUUUCCCUUGAAGUAGAUUUUCAUAAUAUGGUUUGUUUUUCUCUUUUACCAUCAUAUGAUUCAUCUUUCAAUGAGUUAUGCAAAGCAGAGAAGUAAGGUUUGUUUUUCUCAACUUGUGGAUUUGUCUACCUUGGAUGGCAUCUGUGGUCUGAAAUUAGGCUUGUUCAAGGCAGCCUCUUAGCAAUUUCAUUUUACAUGAUGUGAUCUUAACUCCAGUGACUUGGAACAUAAAAGACCACAAAUUCUCUGAAGAAUCUGAAAAGCAUGCCGCCUUAUCUUUCAAGGUCAAAUCGUCAUCGGAUUCCUUCCUGUGCAUUUGCCAUGCUUAUCUUCUUCUUCUCAUUUUUUCUGUUGUCUUUAUGUUCAGUCUCAUAAAGGCUAUAUGCUAGAGAAUAGAGAUUAAAAGAUGGACUAAUACGAUGGACCGCAUGGUAUUUUCUUGAAGAGAAUAGUAUAUUGUACUUUGUCCUGCACAUGUUACAUUAUUUUUAAGAGAAAUGGAAAACUCAAGAUGUUUUGACAUUAAAAAUGUCAAGAUAUC